GCAUUUUUGUCUUGUGUUUCCCUGACUGGCUGAAGUAGUCCUUGGUAAGGUAAGAGGAGGAGACCCAGGCCAGCCAUGUUGUUCUUGUGCCUUUUAGUAAUAAUAUCAGUGGUGAGGACGUCUCCCGCCAAACAGCCCACUGACCCCACCACGGGGUCAACAAAGGUGAGCUUGUUCGACACGGGCGGCUUCCCCGUGGUCUGGAACAUGCCCACCCGCCGUUGCCACCACGUCUACGGGGUCCACCUGCCCCUGGAGAACUACGGCAUCACGCACAACCCCAAAGCGCACUUCCUGGGCCCGGAGAUCAGCCUCUUCUACCAGCAGCGGCUGGGCCUCUACCCGUACCUCGAGCGUUCCGGAGAACCCAUCAACGGCGGCAUCCCGCAGCUCGCCGACCUGAAGGGUCACCUGACGCUGACAGAGGACCAGCUGGAAGACGGGCUCAAGGACGACUUCACCGGAUUGGCCGUGCUGGACUGGGAGGCGUGGCAGCCCCUGUGGACCUGGGACUUUGGCGAGAAGUCGGCCUACCGGAACAUGUCGGAGGCGCUGGUGCGGGGGAACCAGCCCGAGCUGAUGCCCUGGGAGGUCACGGAGGUGGCCAAGCGGGAGUUCGAGGAGGCCAGUCGGGCUUUCAUGCUGGAGACGCUCCGGCUGGCCAUGGACCUCCGGCCGGCGGGCUACUGGGGUUACUAUGGCUACCCGGCGUGCCACAACAUCAACGUGGACCCGUCGUCGGGCAAGUACACCGGGCAGUGCCACAGGGGCACCGUGGAGCUGAAUGACCAGCUGGCGUGGCUGUGGAGGCAGAGCAGUGCCCUGUACCCCAGCAUCUACGUGCCCGAGAGAGUGGCGCAGCGCGGGCAGACUCAGCUCAUGGUGAGGCAUCGCAUCUUGGAGGCCAUCAGGGUGGCAACCCAGUACUCGGAGGUGGAGGAGGGACAGGAUCCGACUCUGGUCAUGCCCUACGCAAGGAUCGCCUUCACACACACACUGCACUUCCUCAAUAAGACAUAUUUGGAGAGGACACUGGGAGAGAGUGCUGCCUUAGGGGUGGAUGGAAUGAUCUUUUGGGGUGAACGGGACUUCGCAAAAUCCAAGCAUCAGUGUGUGAAGCUCAAGGGCUACAUAGAGAACGUGCUGGGGGCGUAUGUGGUGCAGCUGCGAGAGGGAGUGUUGCUGUGCGGAAAGGUCGUGUGCGGGGGUCACGGCCGCUGCAUCCGACGACGCCUCCAUGACGACCACAUGAUACCCCUCGGCAACGAGAAGCCUGACCCCGCGCAGCUCCGAGAGACCUUCCGCUGUCUGUGUCAGAGCGGAUGGACUGGACAGGCGUGUGAGAAGAAGCAUGAGGAUGACACACCUGUGGCCAAGUAGCACUGCGGAGGACAGCAAUGAUGGUGGUCUUCAUGUCAUUAGAGGGAGGAGAAUUCUGCACACUGUAGCUCCGCUUUGAAUGUUUAUUCAAAUCAUACUUAGGCAAAGGACGCGCUCAACUUCUUGGAAAAACGAAAGUCUUUGGGUGCGCGAUAAAAUGGAUCAACUUAAGGAAGAAAAAUCCGCGCACUGAUGAAGGCCGGAUUGCCGAAACGCGUUUGCUUUUUGGACAUGGUGGUAAUAUAAAUAGAUAAUGAGACGCAGUUUGUGAGUGCGGAUUUUUCUUCCUUAAGUUUAUUCAAAUCAUACCACUUGACUUGAAGAAACCUUCAAAGUGGACAACAGUGUGCAGACUUCUACUCCUUCUGUUGUCAGAUACGACUUUGUCCCUGUACCUGGCAUCAGCAGGGUGGGAUGUGCAUACUCUUACUCUUUUCAAGGUCUUCAUGUCAUUCACAUCUGUACCCCGAGACCAAGUAGCGUAAGUCCAUCUGUACCCUGAGGCGGGCAACCCCAGAACUGAAACAUCCACAACACAGGGUGUGUCAAAAAUGUAUGUACUACACACUUUAAGUGUUUAUUAAAAUUCGUGUCAUUUUCAAAGUGUAAACGAUCAUUUUAUUGUUUUGUCACCACAAUGUUCUCAAACUGGCAUCUAUUCUGGUCCAGGCACUGGUGACAACAAUGGCGGAACA